AUUUUUCCAUCUCAAUUUUCUCAACCCGAAUGUCUGACGUCACGAAAAGAUCAUCAACAAAGUUGAGAAUUUGCUGAGAGAGACUUGACUUUCAGACGAUCGUUUACAAAAUUGUGACCUUGAUGGUCAACCAAGAGAUGUCCCGAUGAUAGACUAAGGAUUAAUCUACGCAUUUGGGCAGUCAAAUUGAGAAGCUGUUGACAAAACAAUAGCUUACAGCCCGGGAAUGUUCAACAAUAUUGGCUAAGGACCGCCAUCUUGGACUUUUUAACUCUGCGAGUAACCACUCUAAGCAGAUCGUGUUUUUCAGACGGCUUAGUCGUUAUGGAAAGCAAUGUCAACCUACAGAGCCUAGAUCCUCGGAAACAAGAGUUACUAGAAGCGCGCUUUCUUGGCAGUAGAUUUCAGCCAUUGAAUGUUUCCUCCAACCCCCAAGAUAACAGUAACCUGAGUGUGGGGUCAAACGCUGGGGAGGAUGAGGCACACUUGGUGUUAACGCCAGAGAAGCAACCUAGAACUCCAUCAGAGAGAAAACGAAAGAGAAAAGCAACUGCAAGUGAUAGCACAGAGAGUACAACUCCAAAGUCCACUAGGCCUGAAGCUAAUGGAAAGAAAAUCAAUGAUUACUUUAAGCAAAACCAGUCCCCCAGUAGAGGGUCAAUGAAUACACACUUAGGAACCAAAUCACCGUCCCCCCAGGGCAUUCCAUAUGGCUACACAGUUCCCUCCCCUGGUAGUCUCAGUAACUCGGACAGUAUGGGUUACCCCCCUCAGCGGUCACUGUACCAGUACCACAAGGCCGUGCAGACCGACGUCGAGCACGUCAACAGUGUAGACCAAAAAGACAAUCGCAUGGAAGAUUUAAUACGGCAAAACGAAGAACUUCGGAGACAAGUGACCACUCAGCAGUCCCAGUUAACUGCUCAACAGAAACUUAUAGAGAAAAACAAAGAUACCGCCCAGAAAUGUCUGCAAGUCAACAAAUCUCUACUCAUAGAAAAGAGCAAGUUGGAGAAGAAGACGACGCGACAGAAGUCGAUGGGGAAUCGGUUACGGCUGGGACAGUUCGUGACCCAACGACAGGGGGCCACAUUUGUCGAGAACUGGGUGGAUGGAUGGGCAUUUACGGACCUUAUGAAGCAACAAGAGAGAAUAGCCCAGGAGAGAGAAGACAUAGAGAAACAACGUAAACUUCUAGUCAAGAAAAAACCUAACACUGCAGUCACAAAGAAUUCCAAAAAUGACAACUUUCUGAAACCAGGUGGAGAGAAACCUCUGACAUUAGCAGAGUUUUACGAACAAGACGAAAUCCUCAAGUUACGCCAGGCUAGUCUUAAGAAGGAGGAUGCUGAUAUUCAGCUGGAGUUGGAGAAAUUAGAACGGGAGAGGAACCUUCACAUACGAGAGCUCAAACGGAUCCAUAACGAGGAUAACUCCAGGUUUAAGGACCAUCCGACUCUCAAUGAACGAUAUUUAUUGUUAAAUUUACUGGGUAAAGGAGGAUUCAGUGAAGUCCACAAAGGAUUUGAUCUAAAGGAUCAAAGAUAUGUGGCCUGUAAGAUUCAUCAGUUAAAUCGAGAAUGGAAGGACGAUAAAAAAGCCAAUUAUAUUAAACAUGCCCUAAGGGAAUACAAUAUUCACAAAACUCUGGAUCAUCCCAGAAUAGUUCGACUGUACGAUGUGUUUGAAAUCGACAACAAUUCAUUCUGCACAGUGUUAGAGUAUUGUGAAGGGAAUGACCUUGACUUCUACCUGAAGCAGAACAAAUCCAUUCCAGAAAAGGAAGCUCGCUCGAUCAUCUCCCAGACGGUCAGCGCCCUCAAAUAUCUCAAUGAAAUCAAGCCACCUGUGAUUCAUUAUGACCUCAAACCAGGAAAUAUUUUACUGGGCAGUGGGUCAGUCAGUGGAGAAAUCAAGAUUACUGAUUUUGGCCUCAGUAAAAUCAUGGAUGAGGAAAAUAUCACUCCUGAUGGCAUGGAUCUCACUUCUCAAGGAGCGGGAACAUACUGGUAUUUACCACCAGAGUGCUUUGUGGUAGGGAAGAAUCCCCCGAAAAUUUCUUCCAAGGUGGACGUGUGGUCGGUGGGGGUGAUAUUUUACCAGUGUCUUUAUGGCAAAAAGCCCUUUGGACACAAUUUAUCUCAAGCUGCCAUUUUAGAAGAAAACACAAUAUUAAAGGCUACAGAGGUGGAGUUCCCAUCCAAGCCACCAGUGAACAGUGAGGCCAAGAAUUUCAUUCGUCAGUGCUUACAGUACAAAAAAGAAAUGAGGCCCGAUGUGUUACUGUUGUCACAACAUGAAUACCUAAAACCCACACAACUCAAGUCAAAAGGGCAUAUGAGUGAAUCAAUGAUGGCUCCAAGUCCGGGACCACCCACCCUCGGUACACACGCACUAACUCUUAGCCAGUCCCCCUCUUUUACCUUUGGCGAGAAACUAUGAUAAUCAAUUUAGUGUGAUAAUUUUUUUUCAAUUUCACUGUUUCCUCUCCAUCCAUGGCAAGGAAAAGGGAAGCAAGUCCUACCAAAACUGUAGGUAGGGUCAGAAUUCCCCGGGGUAAAAAGAGGUUUUUACUGUUUCCUUUUGGGGGGAAAACUAUGUUUUCCCUGGAAGAAAGUGUGUGUGAUGAAAUGACUUGUGGAAAAUUUGUGAUCAAGAUUUCAUCAUUGGAUGGUGGGGGUCUCCAAUUCCUCAAAACUUCAAAAAACAAAACUUGUUGAGGAAUCCAAGUUGUGAAUAGUGAGUUAAUUGUACAUAAAUUAUUGAAAAUAAUUCCCAACACUGAUGCUUCUGUACAAUGCAGACAGAGACUUCAUAUUUGUUUUACUAGGUGUUACAAACAACAAACAUUCUUGUUAUUUUUUACUUGCCAAAUAUGUGAUUCAGUGAGGGAAAGUGUGAAUGUUACCAUGGCAAUGAAGACGUUUUCCUUGGCAACCAGCAUGAAAAAGUUUUUCUUUGUGAGUUUCUGGAAUAUGGUGCAAAAAAAUUCUGGAAUACAUGGACAUGUACCUCCCAGUGUGGUCAGAAAGCAGUGAUUUAAUAUUUAUAAAUAAACCGCAUGUAUUCUCCAUUGCAAGCAUCAGAAUUCUAUUCGUCAAAGGAAUUUUUACGAGAAAAAAAUCACCUCGUUAGAAAUGGAUAUCCUCUACCAAGAUGACUCGUCGUCAACAGAGAACAGAAUAACCAGAGUUAUUCAACUUUUAAUCAUUUGAGCUGUUGUAUUUUAUGAGCAAGUGUAUCUGUAUGGAAUUUAGAAAUUCAUUCUUAACCUGUAGGAAUUAGUGUAUGGCAUUCUAGGCUGUGAUAAGCUAAUUGUUGGUGAAAUAUGUUUGUUCAAAUUUUGAAUUUUUUCAUCCUAAGACAAAUAUUCAUCUUUUA